UCUCUCUCUCUCUCUCUCCUCCCUCUGUCUUUUAAAGCUCAGUUGCCUCCGACGAGUUGACCUCUCGUCAGAAACCCAGCGGACACACAGCUCCUGGCGAGCGACGUCUCAUCGGUCCUCUUUGAGAAGGUCCCAAAAGUUACCUCACCUCCACCAUGACCGAGCGCUUCGACUGCUACUACUGCCGGGACAACCUGCACGGGAAGAAGUACGUGAUGAAGGAGGAGAAGCACGUGUGCACCAAGUGCUUCAAUAAGCUCUGCGCCAACACCUGCGCAGAGUGCAAACGCCCCAUCGGCGCCGACGCCAAGGAGCUGCACCACAAGAACCGCCACUGGCACGAGGACUGCUUCCGCUGCGCCAAGUGCUACAAGCCGCUGGCCAGCGAGCCCUUCAACGCGCGGGAUGACGGCAAGAUCAUGUGCGGCAAGUGCGGCUCCCGGGAGGACGGCAACCGGUGCCAGGGCUGCUACAAGGUGGUCCUGCCAGGAUCCCAAAACGUGGAGUACAAAAACAAGGUGUGGCACGAGGAGUGCUUCACCUGCUUCGACUGCAAGCAGCCAAUCCGCUCGCAGAGCUUCCUGACCAAGGGCGAGGACAUCUACUGCACUCCCUGCCACGACAAGAAGUUUGCCAAGAAGUGUUUCCACUGCAAGCAGCCCAUUUCCUCGGGGGGGAUCAGCUACCAGGACCAGCCCUGGCACUCCGAGUGCUUUGUGUGUCACACCUGCCGCAAAACUCUGGCCGGAGCUCGCUUCACUUCCCACGAGGACCACGUGUACUGCGUGGACUGCUUCAAGACCGACGUGGCCAAGAAGUGCAACGGAUGCAAGAACCCGAUAACAGGGUUCGGCCACGGCACCAACGUGGUGCACUACGAAGGCUUCUCCUGGCACGAGUACUGCUUCAACUGCAAGAAGUGCUCCCUGUCGCUGGCCAACAAGCGCUUCGUCAUCAACGGAGAUCACAUCUACUGCCCCGACUGCGCCAAGAAGGUGUGAAGGUUUCCGUUUGAGGUGCAAAUGCAGCCAAACAGAACUUUUAGACAGAUGGUUUGAAAAUAACAACUUGUUUCAUUAGUGAGGAAAAUUUAGGCCUCAAUAUUACAGCGAAUGUUUUAUUCUUGUGAAUCUGGCUGAAAAAAAGUUUAAAUUCUGGUGACGCUUCUGUUAUCAAGGUUGAAUUUAGUUUAUUUCCAACAAAAUAGGCACUAGUCUGACUCAUUUAUCUACAUAUACAUUACUGCAACUUGUUUCGGUGUUGGAUAUUAAUAUGGCAUUAUUUGAUGUGUAACAUUAGUUCUAAUCCACAAUCCCACGCAGCUUCAUGGGGACUAAAAGCCGCCACAGUGCCUUACUGGAGCCUAUGAGACAUUAAUAUGCUUUUCCUCAAGUAUAAAAAGCUUUCAUUAUUAAUCUGUGUUUCAAUUGAUGGUGAGAAUCUAUGGAGGUGUUUGGAUCUGAAAUUGAUGCCAACAUUCUGUAAACAGUGUAUUGAAGACUAAUCUAAAAGAAGAAUAAAAGGUGGAAGC